GUGCACUCCAAGAGCACAGAGGACGUGGCAAGAACAGAAGAACCCUCUGCCCAAUAAGUGUUUUAACAGCAUUAGUGCCAUGCUUUAGCACGUGAGCUACUAAGUAUUGCAUGGAGGAUGAGCACUCCCUGCCAGAGUUCAGACGGUGGACUGGCUUGGUUUUGAGAGCCCCAGAUCCAGUUCCUGGACCUGCCCUGGGAAAGAAGUAUCCAGUAGAGAUGAGCUCACUGCAGUUACUUAAUUAAAAAAUUGUAAGCUACAAAAAUGGCACUGGGCCAACCAAGAACAGCUACAAUUUGAAUUUUUCUAUUUCCAGAAAAUGCUUGGACAGAAGAGAUGAGUACUAAUUCCACUAAGGCCUAGAAUUGCCUACUGUACAGAUAGUCCUGUGCUGGCAAUAUACGAAUGGCCCAAGGAAGCCACCAAAUUGAUUUUCAGGUUUUACAUGACCUGCGACAAAAAUUCCCUGAAGUACCUGAAGUUGUUGUAUCCAGGUGCAUGUUACAGAAUAAUAAUAAUCUGGAUGCCUGCUGUGCUGUUCUCUCCCAGGAGAGUACAAGAUAUCUUUAUGGGGAAGGAGACCUGAAUUUUUCGGAUGAUUCUGGAAUUUCUGGUCUGCGCAAUCACAUGACUUCUCUAAACUUGGACUUGCAGUCGCAGAAUGUUUACCACCAUGGAAGAGAAGGAAAUAGAAUGAAUGGAAGUAGGACUUUAACACACAGCAUUAGUGAUGGGCAGCUUCAAAGUGGUCAGUCCAGUAAUGAACUAUUUCAACAGGAGCCACAGACAGCACCAGCUCAAAUUCCUCAAGGCUUUAAUGUUUUUGGAAUGCCCAGUGCAUCUGGUGCUUCAAAUUCAACACCACAUCUUGGAUUUCACCUAGGCAGCAAAGGAACAUCCACCCUUUCUCAACAGACUCCCAGGUUUAAUCCCAUUAUGGUAACUUUAGCCCCAAAUAUCCAGACUGGUCGUAGUACUCCUACAUCUUUGCACAUACAUGGUGUACCUCCGCCUGUACUUAACAAUCCACAGGGAAAUUCCAUCUAUAUCAGGCCUUACAUUACAGCUCCUAGUGGUACAGCUCGGCAGACACAGCAGCAUUCUGGCUGGGUAUCUCAGCUUAACCCAGUGACUCCUCAGCAAGCCUAUCAGCCUUCGCAGCCUGGUCCUUGGACUACUUACCCUACAUCUAAUCCUCUGCCACAUACCUCAACGCAGCCAAAUCAGCAGGGCCACCAGACCUCUCAUGUCUACAUGCCCAUCAGCUCACCUACGACCCCACAACCGCCAACAGUUCAUUCAGCUGGUAGCUCACAGCCGUCUACCCAUAGCCAAUAUAACAUUCAGAAUAUUUCAACAGGACCUCGAAAAAACCAGAUUGAAAUCAAACUUGAACCCCCACAAAGAAAUAGUUCUUCAAAAUUGCGUUCUUCUGGGCCACGGUCCUCCAGCACUUCCUCUUUGGUCAAUAACCACACCUUAAAUCGAAAUCAGCCCACUGUUUUCAUAGCUGCCAGUCCUCCAAGUACUGAUGAGAUGAUCUCACGCAGUCAACCUAAGGUCUAUAUUUCAGCUAAUGCUGCCACAGGGGAUGAACAAGGCAUGCGGAAUCAGCCUACACUCUUCAUAUCCACAAACUCCGGGGCUUCGGCUGCCUCCAGGAAUAUGUCUGGGCAAGUGAGCAUGGGUCCUGCCUUUAUCCAUCAUCACCCUCCCAAAAGCCGAGCAAUGGGCAGUAACUCUGCAACUUCUCCUCGAGUAGUAGUCACUCAGCCCAACACCAAAUAUACUUUCAAAAUUACAGUUUCUCCCAACAAACCCCCUGCAGUUUCCCCAGGGGUGGUGUCCCCUACCUUUGAACUUACCAAUCUUCUCAAUCAUCCUGAUCACUAUGUAGAAACAGAAAAUAUGCAGCACCUCACAGACCCCACCUUAGCACAUGUGGAUAGAGUAAGUGAAGCACGGAAACUGAGUAUGGGAUCUGACGAUGCUGCCUACACACAAGCUCUGCUGGUGCACCAGAAGGCCAGGAUGGAACGGCUUCAAAGAGAACUUGAGGUUCAGAAGAAAAAGCUGGACAAACUAAAAUCUGAGGUCAAUGAGAUGGAGAAUAAUCUAACUCGAAGGCGCCUGAAAAGAUCAAAUUCCAUCUCCCAAAUACCUUCACUCGAAGAAAUGCAGCAGUUGAGAAGUUGUAAUAGACAACUCCAGAUUGACAUUGACUGCUUAACCAAAGAAAUUGAUCUUUUUCAAGCCCGAGGACCACAUUUUAACCCCAGCGCUAUUCAUAACUUUUAUGACAAUAUUGGAUUUGUAGGUCCUGUGCCACCAAAACCCAAAGAUCAGAGGUCCACCAUCAAAACACCAAAGACUCAAGACGCAGAUGAUGACGAGGGGGCUCAGUGGAACUGCACCGCCUGUACUUUCCUCAAUCACCCAGCCUUGAUCCGCUGUGAACAGUGCGAGAUGCCCCGGCAUUUCUGAGCCAGAAGGCCCACGUCUUCCUAAAGCCUGGAAGUCAUCGGGAAAAGUUUCACUGCAACAUAGGAUUUUGUCAGUUGAAGGUGUGACAAGAUGGUGUUAUGCUAAUUGUGCUAAUGAUACCUCAGUCUAAUGUCAUGGGCAGUUGAAAUUCAUCCCAUCAGAGGUCAUCUGAAGGACUUGGUUCCUGCUGCCUAACCGUGUACAGUGUUACCAGUGUCCAUGACGGAGCGCGCUCACUGUGUCAGUGCCUAGAUGUUCCUGUACUUUCCCCUCGUGUCACUACUGAAUGUUGACAGGAGGAAGGAACGGAGUGAUAGCUUUUUGUUUCAAAGCUUUCAGUGAAACACUACACACGAAGAGAAGGAACGAGGUGUGACGAUUUAAAACUCUUUGCUGUCGCAUAGUGCCGGUGGAUGGGGAAGAACUUCACGACCUGUGGUACUCUUGGCCUUGUCUCUGUUCCCUGAAGACGUCUGUGAAGCCAGCAUCUAGGACCUAAUGAUGAACAGGAAAGCAGUCUGCAUUGUCUGUACAAACACGCAGUGAACUCCCCAAAGCUUUUCCUACUGUGCACAUCUCUCCAGUCUGCUUACGUGAUUUCUUCUUCAUUACCUUCUUUUAUUUCUAUAUGUAUAGUGUCAUAGACUUUUGUUAACUAAUUCUUUUCUCCUUUUAGUGAGUAAGCACGAUCAUGUUCCUUUUUGUAAGCCUUACCUGAGAGAAGCAAUGCCAUAAAAUAAAAUUUUUAAAAAGCAUUAAUGAAACUAUGCACAAAAUAACUUUCCUCUACUUAUCUGUACUUUGCCCCUAUGGGUGCCAAUGUUCUGUGAAGACACACAGAUGCUGCACAGUGAACCGCAGGAAAGAUUAGUGUUGUCCCUAGGUCACACUCGUACCUAGCAGUGGGUGACCCAGCGUGCUUUGUCUUCCAUGAAAGCUUAAAGCAGGAGGUGUCUGACCACUGACAGUGCGCUCCGUCUGCUUGGUGUCCCACAGAACUUUCCCCAGAGAUGAGUACUGGGAAAGUACAGUUUCAAAACCAGCAACAGCAGCAGUACCGACAGCCCUUGUUUUGGAAGGAAAUUUAAAUGCUUUACUGUUGGGACAAUCCAUUUCAAAACCUGACGUGAUGUCAAUAUUGUAUGUAUUUAUGAGACAUAGUCAUAUUUAGGACAACUGAAGAAAAGCUGGAAAAAAGAAAAACAAGCAAACUUGAACACUGAAGCAACCUCAAGCAUCUCUUUAUUUGAUGAUAUAUUUUUGUAAGGAAAAUAAAUAUUCAGAUGAUCAGGAAUGUAUAUAACUAAAUGAAAUCAAGAAAAAGUAACAGUAUGCAUUUAAAAGAAUUAUGAAAUUAUAUAUGAGUGCUUAGAAUGGGGCUACGGGAAGUGCUGAACUAGAGCAAAAGACAGGAACUAAUGUAGGUGGCGCCCACUGUAGAUGUUUGCAGGCGGCUCUCGGAGACAAACAGGAUGAUGACAGGCGAUCCCUGUGAGCGUCUGGGCCUUGCCGUGCGAGUGCAGAAAGAAGACAGUCCUGGUAAACUAGCAACAACCCAGAGCUCUCCCAUUCGAUGCGUUUGUUUUCAAAGAAGGCCUUGUUUUUCAGCUUCCUCUGCAGUUCUAUGUGAAGAUUGAUAAAUCAGUUUUUACUUGUUUUAUUAAUAAAAUGUAAUUUGGAUAUCUUGAGUUGAUGGUUUUGUGAUUUAGCUGGGUAAACUAUCUUUGUAACAGAUAAGUUAUUUAUAAAAAUUAAAAAACUUAUAUUCUAAUACA